ACGUCGAAUUAUCUCUCGAGGAACUUAAAUUAAAAUCGCCUAUUCAUUGAACGCAUCCUAUCAGCAACAACACUCACUAGCGAUAAACAGUCUGCAUUCAUAAAUAUCGUCUAGUGAUUUCUCUCCCUGGCCAGUCGUAAUUCACCAUGGCAAGUGACAGUACGAUCCGACAGUUGGACGAUUUGGUUAAGUGUAGACUGGUGGACGGGGAGAGGAUAGUGUCCACCGAUAUCUCCAGACUUACUGCCCCCGGAGAAAAUUAUGGCUCGGUUAUGCUAAGAAACGAAUACAAGUUUUACGCAGUAAUAUGUCCUACACUAGACCAAUUCUUGAAAAAGAACGGCGUACCAUCAGGAGCAGAUUUCUUAGCUCCCUUUAUAAAUGGCAGACUUAACCUAGACGGUAGCAACAAAGUAGACUCGGAUGCUGUCAUAUUGAUGGAAAACUUAAGAACUGCCGGAUAUUCAACUGGCAAAAAAUCACUUGGACUUGACCUGGAACAUUCUAAGGUCGUCCUGACAGCUCUAGCCAAGUUUCACGCAGCGGGAAUGGGACUUAAAGCGAAACAACCUGAAGUUUUUGAAAAAAAUCUUAGACCUUAUUUCUAUACGUUUCACCCAGACGCUGGAUUAAUUUUUACGAUGAGAUUAACUUUUCUUCAUGCGUUAAAGUCCAACGGAUUCUCUGAAAAUGAAAUCCAAAAAUCGUUGACGCUUUUGACCGAGACGUUGAAAAAACUAACGUUAGUGAUGCUUGGGGUACUCACGAACAACAAUUUGAUUAAAUACGAUAAUGGCAAACCGUCUCACUGCGUCAUAGUCGAUUUUCAAGUUUUCGACUACGCCACACCCUUGAACGACGUCACAUUCUUCCUCUUCACCAGUGUACAAAAAGAAUUCUUCGAAAAUAACUUAGACGACCUCUUCCAGUAUUAUUAUGACAGAUUAAUAGCAGAAUUGCGGUUACUAGGAGUAGAUACUACACCCUAUACAUCUCAAAGUUACCAAAAAGAAAUAGCAACAGCGGUGAAGUACUACGAGUACUUCCAUAUUUUGUGGAUGUCCCUACCCUUGAUGCACGAAGAUUUCAAGAGUGUAGAAGACAUCGACAAAGAUGAAAUGGAUCAAGCAAUAGAACUAAGCGAGAAUCACGUGAACAAAAUUGUAGAAAUUACAAGGCUGUGUUUGAAUAGGAACUGGAUAUAAUUUAUAAAAAUAAGUGAUUUUAAUAUUUUUUGUUUGUUUUAAGUAUUGAUAUAUAUAUUAGUAGAUUGAUAACAUACAGGGUGGCCCAUUAGUGCGAGGAAUUCCAAUAUCGUCAUCGUUGUCGAAGAUAUGAAAAAAAGAUUGAUUAUUUUUGUAUUUAAUGUAUUUUAUAUUUUUUAGCGGUUUUGUAGGUAUUUGCGAUAUUAUAUUUCUUUAGACUCUCUAACACUCUAAAUAUAAGAAAUAUAGCUAAGUAUUAAUAAAGUUAUAUUCACUUUAAUGUUUAAAUUCUUUUCGGAUAUAGCGCUUUUAAUGGCAACACCGUAUGGUGCUUCAAAUAAAAAUAGUGUACUAUAGCUGACUUUUAUGCUGAAUCCAAUUGUGUACAGAAAAAUAGUCGGUGCACUUUAAAAAAACUAAAAACUUCACCAUAACUUUUUUUGGAACACUCUGUAUACGACAAAAUAUUUUUAGGAUAUGCACCAUUAUAAACAAUGCAACAUCUAUAUAGAAUUUUUUUUCAUAUUAUCUUUGUCAACAACGACGAUAUUCUUCGCACUAAUUGGCCAUCCUGUGUAACAAUUUAAUUUGUAUUUGAUUAUUUUUUAUUUAUUAAUUGUACUAGUUUUAUUCAUUAAUUGAGGUUAUAGUUGACUGACAAAGUAUUUUAAAUUUUAGCACAGAUUUUAGCUUAAUAAACAAAUUUGAAAAUAUAGAGAUUUUACGAAAAAAAUU